ACGUUCUCUGCAAAAUUAAAUUCGGUUACUUGUUUCUUCCUCACACUGCUGAAAAGUACACAAAUUAUCGAAUUCAACAUUUCUUCAACACCCACCCAGCAGUCAGUUAAGAGAAGAAGAUGGAACUUGAACCCAGUAAUCAAUCCAAGCAAGAGCGUUCAAGGACAAGAUGGACGGCACCCCUUGACAAGGUAUUUGCAGACUUGGUUGUCAAGCAGAUUCAGCUGGGGAAUAGACAAAAUGAUGUUUUUGACAAGAAAACGUGGAAUCACAUUCGUGAUGAGUUUAACAGGCAAACAGAUCUUAAUUUCAAUAAUAAUCAAUUGAGGAAACAUCUAGAUGUUCUUCGGACACGCUUCUAUAAUUUGAAAACUACAAAUGAUCAAAAUAAUGGCUUUGUAAUUGAUGAUCCCCUUUACAUUGGCCUUGAACAGUGGGAAGACAUAGGGGCACAGCCUAGGAAUGAAACAGUUAAAGGGAAAGAAUGUCCGAUAUAUAAGCAACUCUGCACAAUAUUCACAGACUCUCCCGCCGAUGGGAAAUAUGCUCAAUCUAGUCACUAUGAAGAGUUAGAUAAAUCAGUCGAUGCUGCUGGCUUGAUUUCAUAUCCAGAAAUUGGGGUCUCACAUUAUGAAAAUCCAUCAACCUCAAAAUCCAUUCUAGGGAAUAUCUCAACUGUUGAGAAAGUGAUCAAGAAUUCUCUUGAUAGAAAAAGGAAACGGCUUAAUGAAACACAAACUACUAGUCUGGAUCAAGACACAUGCAAUGCUAUGGCAGACACCUUGUUAGAGAUGCUUGAUGUGUCGAGGGUAAGGGCGGUUGUUUUGAAUGUAAGUGAUGAUAAAUAUUCCAUAACAAACUGCAUUAGGGCUCUGGAUGAAAUACAAGGCAUUGAUCAACAGCUCUAUUUUUCUGCACUGGACCUCUUUGAGAAUCCUAGUUUCAGAGAGACAUUCAUUUCUUUAAAAAGUAUCAAGAUUCGGCUUACAUGGUUACAAGGAAAGUGCAGUAAAAGUUGGUUUCGUUAGUACAGGUUUAAGUCAUUUUGAAGUUGACUUAUUUUUUACUUAGGCUAUAGGCUAAGUAUAUACUCUUCUUUUUUUUUGCUUUGCUGUAAGUAAUUUUUUAUUACCUCUUGCAACCUUUCGCAACUGUUUACAAGUGCCAUUUCAUCUGAACAUGAUUCCUGUAGUUAUUUCUUCCAAUACGAUAUGAUUUUGAUGA